AUGCCUGAGGACACACUGCACAUCAUCGACAUGAACGGAUUACAGGUCAAUGAAGCAAUCGUCUGCGAGUCGCUCCAUGCACUGGAUCAUUUUGCCACUGUCGGCCAUGCCCUCAAAGAUAACUGGAUCAAGAUGAAUAUCAGAUUACCACUGAGUCCAGAGAAAUUGGAUGGACAUUCGUAG